AUCUUUGUAUCAGCUAACCAAGUCUAUGACUGAAAGAUCUUAUACUGAGGUUUAGAACUUCUCAAUUACAGAUACUCAAUCAUACUAAAUUUCACGGGAUAAUCAAACACAGCUCCAGUAUCUAGCUAGCUAACAAAAUGGAUUUCUUCAUCUUGUUCAUCUCUUCCAUCUUAAUUAUUUUUCUACUUCCCCUCAUAUCCUUCAAGUUUCUCACUUCUAAAACCAUCAAUACUCUAGCACGAAAUCCUACAAAUGGUAAAGUCCCACUAGGAAGCAUGGGUUGGCCGAUCAUCGGAGAAGGACUUGAACUUCUUAAAUACAGCCGACUUGGUACCCCAGAGAAAUUCUUCUUUGAUAGGAUUGCCAAGUACUCAUCCGAAAUCUUUACUACUUCAUUUCUUGGUGAAAAAGUUACUUGCUUUUGUGGUGCUUCUAGUAACAAAUUUUUGUUUUCAAAUCACUCCAAAUACGUAGAGUUUUCAUUGCUGUCAACCGUGAAGAGGGUAUUUCCAUAUACUGAUCCAGAAAAGAGUGAAAAAGUUAGAAAAAUGAUUGUUUCACUUGAGUCAAAGAAAGUUGUUGGUAUCAUUGAUUCAAUGACAAGGAAGCAUUUUGAGGACUUUUGGGAUACCAAGAAAGAGAACGAGGUGAUGACUGUGUACCCCUUAGCGAAGAAACACACCUUUACCAUAGCAUGUAAACUGUUUAUCGGCUUAGAUGAUCCAGCUAAAAUCAAUGAGUUUCUGAAAGACUUCAUUACCAUUAUUAACGGGUUUUUUGGUCUACAAAUAAAUUUCCCUGGAACACGACUCAACCGUGCAAUUAAAGCUUCACAAGCCAUGCGAAACGAAAUCAUGUCAAUUAUCAAUGAAAGGAAAAACAAUAAAUUGCAGCACAUUAAUGAAGAAGAUGUACUGUCAUAUAUGAUCCUCGACAAUAAUGAUGAGGAUGCGGACGCCAACAAUGAUGAUGUGCUGACAAUGGCUGAUAAAAUGGUUGGGAUGCUUAUAGCUGCACAUGACUCCGCCAGUGUUGUUAUGACAAAUAUCACAAAGUAUCUUGCUGAGCUUCCGGAAGUUUAUGAUGCAGUCAGAAUCGAGCAUAUCAAUAUCGCCAAGGAAAAAGGACCAGGAGAGUUGUUGAAUUUGUCUGACAUUCAAAAGAUGAGGUACUCGUGGAACGUGGUUUGUGAAGUAUUGAGAUUGGCACCUCCAGCUCAAGCUUCUUUCAGAAAAGCCACUACUGACUUUGCAUAUGCAGGAUAUUUCAUUCCAAAGGGAAGGACGAUAUGUUGGAGUGCAGCGUCAACACACAAGAAUCAUGAUUACUUCCCAAAUCCAGAAAAGUUUGAUCCGUCCAGGUACGAAGGCUCUGGACCUGCUCCAUACACUUAUGUGCCUUUUGGUGGAGGCCCUCAUACCUGUCCCGGCAAAGAAUAUGCUAAAUUAACUAUACUGACUUUCGUGCACCAUCUAGUGACAAGAUACAAAUGGAGGAAUUUGUUCUCCGGUCCUAAUGAUGUCGGAAAGUUCAUAUUCAAUCCAUUUCCGUUGCCGAGGAAUGGACUUCCUAUUGUUCUUCAACCGCACUCCCCGGACACAACAUCCUAAAUUUUCAAACUGCUUCUUAAUAAGAGCAAUUAAUAUCUGUUGUAUGUGUUGCUUAGGUACUCUAUCCCAGGUGGUUUAUCCGUAUUGGUCUAUCUGUUACAUGGUUUUUGUUAACUUUUAUAGUAUUAUAUAUUGCUUUUGUAGCUUAUUAUGGGUGGGGCCUUGUAUCUCCUUGUAAAUGUAUGUGUAAACUCAAAUUCUUCUGCUACUAUGGUAUGAGAGGUGAUAUUAACUUUCAG